AUGAUGAAAACAUUUGAAUAUGAUGACAAACUUCCAUCUUUACCAUUACCAACAUUAGAACAUACACUUGAACGUUAUCUUGAUUCAAUACGAACUGUUGUCAGUGAUGAUGAAUAUGUUAAGACGAAAAAAAUUGUUGAACAAUUCGCCAAAGGAACUGGACGUGAAUUACAUGAACAAUUGAAGACGAAUAUUGAGAAGCGACAGGAAAGAAAUUGGCUUGCAAAAUGGUGGGAUGAAGAAAUUUAUUUAAAAUGGCGAUUACCAAUUGCACCAGCCAUGAACAUGAUGGGUUUUAAUUGUUUAGUACCACCUAAAGCUAAUUCACAACUAAUACGAACAUCUAUACAUAUGCAUGCUUGUGCUCUUGUUUUUGAAACAAUACGCGAAGAACGUUAUCCAAUAUCAUACAUGGGUAAACAUCCAUUGACAAUGCAUCAAUUAAAACAUUUUUUUAAUACAUGUCGAAUUCCACAUAAAGAAUGUGAUGAAUUAGUUAGUUCAUUUCGAACUGUUUCUGAAGAUGUUCAAACUCCACCAACUCAUGUUGUAGUUAUUCGUAAUGGUCAUCUAUUUACAUUUGAUUUAUAUGAAUCAAAGAAACUUCUUACACCACCGGAAAUUCUUCAAAAACUUGACGAUAUUGUUAAACAAAGUAAUCAAAGUCCUGGACUUGGAUUAGGUGCUCUUACUGCAUUACCACGUGAUGAGUGGGCAGAAAUACGUGAUCAUUUAUGUGAAAUUAAUGAACAAAAUAAAAUCAAUUUUCAAAUGAUUGAACAAGCAUUACUUGUUUAUGCAUUGGAUGAUGAUAAUCCUGAAAACAUAACAGAGGUUGCUUGUAUUGGUAUGUUGAAAAAUCCUCAAUCACGUUGGUUUGAUCGAUCAAAUGUUUAUAUUGUCACACAAAAUGGUCUUAUUGUAGCAAAUGAUGAACACUCAGCUUAUGAAGGUAUUAUUCCAACACAAAUCGGGGAUCAUAUACAAAAUCAUAUUGAUUCUCUUGAAAAGAUAAAUUCAUGGCCAAUAUUAUCUGAUCCUUAUAAUAAAAUAAUCGUUCGAGAACUUUUAUUUAUUUAUGAUUCACGUGUAUUUGAUGCUAUCAAUCGUGCAGUUAAGUUAUUUUAUCAUUCAGCAGAUAAUAUCGAAAUUAAAGCCAUUAAUGUAACUCAAUGUACAAAAGAAGAUAUUAAACAAUAUGUUCGCAUUCAUCCAGAUACUUUUUUUCAAUUAUGUCUUCAACUAGCUUAUUUUAAAUUACAUGGACAUAAACCUGCACCAACUUAUGAAACAGCAUCAACAAGACGUUUUUAUCGUGGAAGAACUGAAACAGCACGAACUUGUACACCAGAAGUAGUUGCAUGGUGUCGUGCAAUGACAAAUUCAAAUAAUCAAAUAACAGAAAUUGAAAAACGAAAAUUAUUUCUUAUUGCUGCUAAUCGUCAUCAAGAAGUAAUGACUGAAGCAUCGGAAAAUCAAGGUUGUGAUCGACAUUUAUUUGGAUUGAGUAUGAUAGCAAAUAUAACAGGAAAACCAUUCGAACUCGCAAAUGAUCCAUCAUGGAUAAAAAGGUUUAAAAAAAAGAUUUAUUACUUUUUAAAUCGUUUUGUCUUUAGUGGUGGAGGUGGUAAUUUUAUUCUAUCUACAAGUUGUAUUGGUUUCACUAUAACAGUAGGUGGAACAUCACCAAUGUGUUUAAAUGGUUAUGGAGUGUUUUAUCGACUUGGUAGUGAUGCAGUAACAUUUGUUGCCACUGCGUAUCGAAGUUGUUCGGAUACAAAUGCACAAGCAUUGGCAGAUUCGAUUGAAAGUACUUUAAUUGACAUGAAAACGUCUUUUAUGAAAUCAAAUUUGUAA